AUGUCGUGCGAAGCCACCACCUCUACACAGCAGACUAAUCGCGAAAAUGUAACCAAGGACUCUACUAAAGCUAGUUACGGCUUCUCUUAUGGAAACGAGAAGCCAUACAACUGUCUCUAUUGCUCCUUGACCUCUUCUCGCAAGGAUGUAAUCGUCCGCCACACGAAAAACUUCCACCACGGGCUCGCCAACAGAAAGUCUUCUGGUUUCCGGGGCAGGCGUCGCACCAGUUCCCAUCCUGGGGCGUCUGGGCCGAGGGCGCGCAAGAACAACCCCUCACAAGCUUCACCAGCUUCGACGACCGCUCGAGGAGAAGACGACCGCCAUUCCGAGGGAGCCGAGAACGCAAUUCAGGAAAACGAACAAUCCCCGACAGAUCACGAUAGGGGCGGAUCCCAGAGUAGCCAAACGAACUCGCUCGACGACGCCUUGCCCUCUCACCCCGAAAUAUUCCCUGCCUAUUUGCCAGGGAGCCCUCUAGCAUUCAAUCCUGCAUUUAUGGAUCCCGAGCUCGUCAAUCCAAAUCUUUCAGAAAUGUUCGACCUCGACGCCCUCCUGGCACAGGGGUUUCUCAACGACAUGCCAGCUGGUAAUCUCCCGGAGCUUCCCAUCUCGGGACUGCAACCGCCCAAACCCAGCGUGCCACCCUCUGGCCAUGUCCAUAGUAAGCCUGCUGGACAUCAUUUCGUAGCAGACGAUAAUAACUGCGAGAAUGCGAGGGCCAAUCUCACCAAAUAUCCGGCCCACGUACUCGCUUCUCUCCGAUUCCCCUCCAAAUACGCCGUAAAACGCUUCGUCAAAGCUUUUUUCGAGCACUUCGCGGCGCAUAUACCCAUUGUACAUGAACCGACAUUUGAUAUUGCCACCACACCUUCACCCCUUCUGUUCGCAAUCAUGGCCUGCGGCGCUGUUUAUCUCGGCGAAUCCUCCACGUCUAUUUCUAUGCAUGCCGUCGCUGUGCAAUUAAUUUUCGAGCACGAGCAGAUGGGCGCAUUCAAAAAGGUCGACCUCGAGACUCUCGUGUGGAUGCUGCAGACAUAUUUGCUGCUCGGAUACUUUGAGAUACAUUGCGGUUCAGAGGCAAAAUCGGGACACGCAUUCCUCCACUGCGUCAAGCUUACCCGAGAAGCCAUCAAGGAGGUUCAGACCUGUUCGGUUACAUCGUAUAAGGACUGGGUUCGCCGUGAGAGCAUCAAUAGGUGCAUCUCAACCACAAUCUUGAUAGGAGCCUCGUUAUGUUCAAAAGAACAGGAAGCAUGGCUUGCAUGGCCCAUUGUUGAAGCCAAAUUCGCCCUCCCGUCCAGCACUGCAGACUGGCAACAACCCGAGUCUGGUUUCGAGAUCCCGACACAGGUACUUUACAGCGACGAGGCAUUGGACGCCAUUGUGAAUGGCCAAACACCUUCUCAAUCUAUGAGUGAAUUUGGCCUCAUCACCGUCGUGUCCACACUUCUCUACCGGAUCUGUUCCUUCGAGCUGCUCACAAGCUCACAACACGGGGAAUUAUAUACCUCGUAUGCCGAGAAAAUGGGUCUGUCGCUGGAUGUGCUUGACAGGAUUCUCAAGAGGCGCAUGGGCCAACAAGACGCUGGGCUGGCUCCAGACUCUACCGUCCACUGCGCAAAGUCAAUGCUUGACUCGGCUUUCUAUCAUCUCUACGCCAGUAUUCCGCUAUCUGCAAUGAAAAAAUUACUGUGGUCUUCCGCCACUUUACAGGACGCCGAGAUCCUACGCAUCUCAAGCGAGGCGAGCUCACCUGAUCUCUUGAAAGCAUUCGUCCGUGCGGCAGAAGGACUCAGAUAUGACUGCCGUUUGGGAUUAUCAUAUCUCGGCAAAAUGGCGCCAAUCAAAUUCGGUCCAGAAGAUGCGGUUGGUGCCUACGAGGGCGGUCUCCUCCUGUCCUGGUACCUUCAAUUUGCGCAGAACCGCUUGCCACACGUUGGGUCACGCGACACGCUCAAUGCCCUGCUAAGCGACAGUUUUGCAGAAGUCUCUGACCUGCGAUCUGAGGUUCACGACAGGCUUUCGGCUUUGCCACUCGCUGUAUCGGUGACCUUACUCUCAGACGACUCAGUGUGGAAGUGGCCUUCUUUCGUGUCGGAAAGGUUAAAGCUACUGAUCAAAAAGCUCGAGGAAUCAGACACUACCAUACACGUCGCAACAGCCUAUGAUCCAUAG